CAAAGAUGUGUGAUCAAACCUUCGUGGUCAAUAUUUUUGCGCCCUGCGACAUUUGUAAUAAAGAGAAAGUUCUGCAACAAAUAUUUUACAAGGCGGAGAAACGCAGCUGCUGUGCGCUCUGCGUGAAACAGAUGGCAACCGAGGGGCUGCAGGAGAAGGAGACCCUGGCCGUGCUGAAGACCGAGGCGGAGAGCCUGAAGGGCAAGCUGGAAGAGGAGCGGGCCAAGCUGCACGAUGUGGAGUUGCACCAGGUGGCGGAGCGAGUGGAAGCGUUGGGACAAUUUGUGAUGAAGACACGGAGGACCCUGAAAGGCCACGGGAAUAAAGUCCUCUGUAUGGACUGGUGCAAGGACAAAAGGAGGCUCGUCAGCUCUUCCCAGGACGGGAAGGUGAUUGUUUGGGAUGGCUUUACCACCAAUAAGGAGCAUGCAGUGACGAUGCCCUGCACUUGGGUGAUGGCAUGCGCCUAUGCUCCGUCUGGAUGCGCCAUUGCAUGUGGGGGCCUGGAUAACAAAUGCUCGGUGUAUCCCCUGGCCUUUGAAAAAAAUGAGAACAUGGCCGCUAAGAAGAAAUCCGUCGCAAUGCACACAAAUUACCUGUCAGCUUGCAGCUUCACUAAUUCUGAUAUGCAGCUCUUGACUGCAAGCGGGGAUGGCACCUGUGCCCUCUGGGACGUCGAAAGUGGGCAGCUCCUACAGAGUUUCCACGGACACGGGGCAGAUGUCUUGUGCCUGGAUCUUGCUCCUUCAGAAACCGGGAACACGUUUGUGUCCGGGGGGUGUGAUAAAAAAGCAAUGAUCUGGGACAUGAGGACCGGACAAUGCAUUCAAUCCUUUGAAACCCACGAGUCGGAUAUUAACGGUGUCAGGUACUACCCGAGUGGAGACGCCUUUGCCUCUGGUUCAGAUGAUGCCACAUGCCGUUUAUAUGACCUUCGAGCAGACAGAGAGGUGGCUAUUUAUUCCAAAGAAAGCAUCAUCUUCGGAGCCUCCAGCGUGGAUUUUUCUCUUAGUGGGCGUUUAUUAUUUGCCGGCUACAACGACUACACCAUCAACGUUUGGGAUGUCCUCAAAGGAUCACGUGUCUCCAUUUUGUUCGGUCACGAGAACCGUGUGAGCACUUUGAGGGUUUCACCCGACGGGACGGCAUUUUGUUCUGGAUCAUGGGAUCACACUCUAAGGAUCUGGGCUUAAGUAGCAGGGCGGUUUCCCAACAUGUAUUCACAUAGGGAAUCAUAGGAUCGCACCCUCCCACGGAACAUCAGUUUAAUGGGGGGAGGAAAUCUGCCGCAAAGACAACCCUAAAUGGAUGGUGAAAAGAUGGAGAGAGACACCUUGUUAGUAUUUAUCACAUAGCUGCCCAAUUCAGAGCUACUUCUUAGAUAGACUAUAUUAUAAGCCUAUAUACCUUUAUCAUACGCGGGAGCGCUGGGCGAGAGAGUUUAUGUGUUGCUAUAGUCAGAACAUGUUUAUAAUUCUGUUUUUUGAAACUACCUUUCCGCCCCUUAGAUAAGAGGAUAAUCAUUCUACAAGCCAGACUUUCGGGAAAAUCGUAACUGGUUUAAGGGGACUUUAGCAUUUUAAAUCACGCUGUCCAUGUCGUGUUUGCAGGAAGUGAACGUUCCUUUCUAAAGUCAACUUGGCAUUUAAGUAGAAACCAGUGUAAGGGGUUGGUAGUUGUUUUAUUUUUUGCUUUGGGAUUUCUUUUGUUUUAAAUCUGGUGUACCUGAGGGCUUGUUGCACAUUCCAUAAUAGAAGCAGGAAGCGAGGGAGAGAUUCUCCUUCCUUGCUCUUCAAGGUCUCAGAUGACACAGAGAGAGAGAGAGAGAGAGAAAGAGAGUGCUAUGCAAUGGGUAGGCUGGAUUGGAAGUCCCCACUCAGCCGUGAAGCACACUGAGCACCCAUGGCCUCAGUCACUAUCUCUCUGCCUAGCCUACCUCAUAAGAUUGUUGUGUGUGUGUGGUGGUGGGGAAACAACACAAAGUGAUGCAGAAGACGAAUUACACUGCCUCGGUCAUCUUGGGAGUAACUUCGGGAUAGAAACGCAGGCCGCGUAAAACGAAUGUGUGGUUAGGCGAGUGGGUGCAAAGCUCUUUGAGUGGUUUGAUCUGGUUUAGUGACAGGACAUCUCCUGGUUAAUUGAGACCCCCGGCCCUAAAGAUUGUGGGGAAGGGAAAACCUGGCACAUCUCCCCUUUUCCCAUCUUCCUUUAGGCUCUUAUGGAAGGCAUCCAUCGAGCCUGGUUGGAAACUCUCUUAACUGAACCCUAAAGAAAUAAUUCAAAAUUAAAAUUGGCGGGUUGUAUUUGCUGUGCCAAAGAUAAGCAGACCUCGACAUAACAACAGUUCAUUUAGUGACCGAAGUUCCAACGGCACUGAAAUAAGCCACUUAUGACCAUUUUUCACACUUACGACCACCGCAGCAUUCCCAUGGUCACAUGAUCAAAAUUCAGGUGCUUGGGAACUGGCACGUACUUACAACGGUCGCGGUGCUCUGAGGUCACGUGAUCGCCUUUUGCUCCUCCCGAGUCGCGGAACCAGGGGCUUUGAAGCCAGGUUCACUAAACAACCUCACUACUCACUUAAUGACUGCUGUGAUUCACUUAACAACUGUGGCGAGAGAAAUCGUAAAAGGGGGCGGGAGUCGUUUCACAAAUCUCUCGCUUAGCAGCGUCAAUUCCAGUCCCAGUUGUGGGUCGGGAGUCGAGGGCUACCUGUAGCUCCUUGUGGUCACAUCCGUGGCAACAAGCUCACAUUUGUGGCUGUUUGCGGUUUUAACCUGAUUUACAACACUUUGGUGUUUACUUCCGGUUGUCAGUGAGGCUGCUUAACAACCACAGCAUUCGCUUAAUGGCUGUGGAGUUCACUUUACAACCGUGGCAGUCCCUUAAUGACUUUUAAGGUUGUAGAAUCGGGUCUGGUCAUAUGAUGAUCUGCUUGUGACCGACUUACGACUGUAAUGGGCCAGGUUUUCCUCCUAGUUGUAGGUUGAGGUCUUCCUGUCUUGUUAGAGAGACAGGAUUACUACCAGGGAUCAGUUAUUGGCCUAAGUUUUGGGGAAAUGCUAUUUUUUAAAAUUAGUUUAUAGCAAUGGUAGUCAACCUGGUCCCUACUGCCCAAUAGUGGGCGUUCC